AUUUGAUUUGAAAUCGACAUCAGUGUGUCAAGAUGGACGGUCCAGUGAAGAGAUCCCGAGCGAGUAAGCCCAAAGCGCGGACAGGUUGUCUUACCUGCAAGGCACGCAGAAUCAAAUGCGACGAGGGAAAGCCGGAAUGCAAUCGUUGUAAAAUCGGCGGCAGAAAAUGUGAUGGCUAUCUCCCAGCCCAAGGGGAAAUGCUUGCAAUAGUACCCAAGCAGCUUAUCGAUGUGUCGACUGUCACGUUGCCAGGCGAGUCGCGUGCCCUGGAAUUCUUCUUUCAUAAGAGUGCGCCGCUGCUGGCGGGUUUUUUUGAGGGUUCGUUUUGGAAUGGAAGUGUGUUGCAGCUUAGUCUUACGGAGCCGGCUAUUCGGCAGGCUAUUGCGGCUAUCGGGUCUGUUCAUGAAGAGCAGGGGUUGAAGAGAUAUCAGGGUGGCAGUGGCAGCAGUACAGGGUUCGAAACUUCCGUGCAACUGUACAACCGGGCGAUUCGGUUCGUUAUCGCGAGGGCAGAGGUGGAUCCAAAUGCAAUUCCCGCGGUGACGAUGGCAAGUAUCCUGUUUACUUGUUUUGAGUUUCUUCGCGGUAAUGCUCCAGCUGCGGCAUCGCACAUCACCAGCGGUGUACGUCUUUUACAAGAGUGGCGCGAAAAGACAGGGACUCGACCAGUGGGCCCUUGGGGUCAAUCACAUAAGUCAUUCGAAUCACACUUCAUGGAAACAGAGCUUGCGCCAAUUCUGAGUCUCUUCAACCUCAACACAUGCGAGUUUGGUCCCGGCCAGCGCAGCCGGAUUAUUCUCAAUGCGGUCGACAAGCAGGGUUUUCUCGUGCUCGCUGACAAGUUCGAAACCCUCCGCGAAGCACGCGUCGCACUCGUAGACCUGGUCACCUCAACAUCCGUGCUAUUCGGUAACAUGGACGAGAGCGUUGGUAAAGGGCAGCUCCCGGAUACCAAUCUCGUGAAAGUCUUCAGUGGCAUCCGCAACAACCUGGAUCGGUGGAAAGUCAACUUUGAGGACCUCGUUGACCGCAAAGAGGCAAUGUGGGAUAAGAAGCAAAGGAGCGCUGCGGACAAUAUCCGUAUCAUGUGGUGUAGUACGGAUAUAGGCAUUUUUUCCUAUGCCGUGGAAACCGAAACCGCUUGGGAUGCGCACCGGGAUAGCUUUGAAGAGAUCCUCCGCUUAUCAGAAUCACUCAUUUCAGACACGGAUCGCUACCCGGAUGACCUGUCCAAGACGCUCAGUCUGGACCUGGGAUUGGUAUUCCCUUUGCACGCCGUUGCCUGGAAAUGCCGCUGGCCGCGUCUCCGUCGUCGGGGACUGGACCUUUUGCUUCGAAGUCCGAAACGGGAGUGGCUGCUUGAUGCAGAGAGAUACCACGCGCUGUUCACACGGGUCAUGGAGAUUGAGGAGUCCGCUCUGUCGGUCUCUCAUAUGGAUGCUCCGGAUGCAAGCGAAGAGGACUUUCUCCCACCCGAACGCGCACGCAUCCACGACUUCUACUGCCAGCCCCUUCCCAAUGGCACCACGUCAAAUCCAUGCAAGACGUAUGCAUUACACGCCGUGACUUUCGAAACUAAGCCCGACGGCCCACAUGGGGAACCGCGGUACCACACCGAGAGUAUUUGGAUGCCGACUACUACCACUCGGAUAUUAGGCAAAGGAGAGCAGGGAGACGUAGAGGCGAUUGCACCAUUGAUGAAUCUGCUGUCCACUAAACAGUGGGCGAAGCCUGAAGUGACAGAUAUGCAGACGGCGAGUUUGUUGAAGGGUGUUGUUUUUGGGUUAGACUAAUUUGUCGAUGCCUCGAUUCCUGAAGUUCCUGAUCACCGAUUUUUUUGUUUUCUUUCCUAUCAUGGCAACCUUAUUUCAACCACUCUCUACUACUUGUAUACAUUUUUAGCAUUUUGCAUAUACCAUUGAUUGCCGAAUACUCUGGGCAGUCAUUCUUCAGCAGUGUCGCACUAAUUGAUCAAUUGAGUGUGUGCUGCUCCUGGAGUCUCCUGUUUCCGGUUCUUGUUUGAUUGUUUAUAUCAUUCGACCAAAC